AUGUCUUCGCCACAGCAACGUUUGUCUUCUAUCACAAACCAGGUGUCUGGCAGUGUCGCGGCCAGACAACAACUCCUGUCCAAGAACCCUGAUGAUGUGGUCAUCACAUACGCUGCGCGCACUCCUCUCACCAAGGCCCGGAAGGGUGGAUUGAAGGACACCUCUAUUGACGACCUGCUCAUUUCGCUUCUGACGACCAUCCGCGAAAAAUCGAACCUCGACCCCAACCUCGUGGAGGAUGUCUGCGUCGGCAACGUCCUCGCUCCUGGCUCUGCCUAUGUCGCCCGUUCCGCCGUUCUCGCCGCAGGAUACCCCGUAACAGCUGCUGCAUCCAUUGCGAACCGAUUCUGCUCAUCCGGUUUGCUCGCAGUUCAGAACAUCGCCAACCAGAUCAUCGCUGGCUCGAUUGACGUUGGUAUUGCGGUGGGCGCCGAGAGCAUGAGCACCACCCCCGAUGGUGGUGCACCAGAGAUGUCGGAUAAGAUCCUGUCGCACCCGAUUGCCUCGCAGAACCAGCAGCCCAUGGGUCAGACCUCGGAGAACGUCGCCGCUCAGUUCAACAUCCCCCGCGAAGCGCAUGACCAGUUUGCCGCCAAGAGCUUCCAGAAGGCCGAACACGCGCAGAAGUCCGGCUGGACGACCGACGAGAUCGUUCCUGUCCAGACCAAAGUUAAGGACCCCAAGACCGGUGAAGUCAAGGACGUGGUUGUCAACCGGGAUGACGGUAUUCGCUAUGGCACUACUCCGGAGUCGCUGAGCAAGGUUCGCUCCGCGUUUCCUCAGUGGAAGCCUAGUGCUACGACAGGUGGAAAUGCCAGUCAGAUCACCGAUGGUGCAGCUGGUCUUCUCCUCAUGAAGAGAUCGCGCGCGCAGGCUCUGGGACAGCCCAUGGUGGCCAAGUUCUGCGGAGCUACCGUUGCAGGUCUCGAGCCCCGUAUCAUGGGCAUCGGGCCAUCCCUCGCUAUUCCCAAGAUUCUCUCCAAGUUCAACCUGAGCAAGGAAGACAUUGAUGUCUUUGAGAUCAACGAGGCUUUUGCUUCUAUGGGUGUCUACUGUGUUAAAAAGCUCGGACUCGACCUCACCAAGGUGAACCCUCGUGGUGGUGCCAUCGCCCUUGGUCACCCGCUGGGUUGCACUGGUGCACGCCAGGUUGUUACUGCUCUGUCUGAGUUGCGACGACAGGACAAGAGGGUCGCAGUGACUUCGAUGUGUGUUGGCACAGGCAUGGGUAUGGCUGGUAUCUUUGUUUCCGAGCACUAG